UAUAUCGAAAAUCGCUUCCUGGCUCCCCCUUUCCGGUUUGGAACUCAGCGUGAGAAUCCACACACUUGAUUUUCCUGAUUUUUCAGAGACAAAAUGGAAAACGACGCGAGAGAAUUCGUCGAUCUGUACUGGCCGAGGAAAUGCUCCUCAAGUAACAGAAUUAUUCACGCAAAAGAUCAUGCAUCCAUUCAGCUGACUUUAGCUGAUGUGGAUCCCACCACUGGACGCAUGACUGGACAACAUAAAAUGUACGCGAUCUGUGGAGCCAUUCGUCGUAUGGGUGAGUCUGACGACUGUAUUGUUCGCCUAGGCAAGAAGGACGGAAUUCUCACGAAGAAUUAUUAAUUUAUACCCGAUCGACACUAUUCCACAAAAUGAAAUAAAA